GGACGGAUGGGUUUAGGUCCCAUCAUGGCGGCUGAAGAGGCGGAUGUGGAUGUUGAAGGGGACGUGGUGCCAUCCACGGCACAGCCAGGAAGCAAUGAAAAUACAGCGUCUGUUUUACAAGAUCACUAUCUUGAUUCAUCAUGGAGAGCUGAGAAUGGUCUUAUUCCUUGGACUCUGGAUAGCACCAUCAGUGAAGAAAACAGAGCUGUCAUUCAGAAGAUGUUGUUGGAAGAAGAGUAUUACUUAUCUAAAAAAUCACUUCCAGAAAAUUUCUGGCUUGAUCAAAAGGAAGGUGAUAAAAAAUACAUGAAGAGUCUACAGAAAUCAGCAAAAAUCAUGGCACACUCUCCUACAAAACCAGCCAGUUACUCAGUAAAGUGGACGAUAGAAGAAAAAGAGCUGUUUGAACAAGGGCUGGCUAAAUUUGGCCGAAGGUGGACCAAAAUUGCAAAGCUAAUUGGAAGUCGCACUGUUUUACAAGUUAAGAGUUAUGCCAGGCAGUACUUUAAAAAUAAGGUAAAAUUAGAUGGUCCAGAGAAGGGAACACCACACCAGAAGAGCAGCAGUGGUCUUCAGAUUAAAAAUGAAGAUGAAGGCACAAAGGCCUGGACACCAUCAGGUUUAAGGGGACAUGCUGAUCCCAACUUGAACGCUAUAAAAAUUGAAAAGUUAUCUGAUGAUGAAGAAGUAGACAUUACAGAUGAGGCAGAUGAGGUGACUUCUCAAGCUCCUCCCAAAAUUCCUGGCAGUGAUGUCUUAUUAAACAUUCCUAAUAGUAAAAGUCCUGAAACCAGUCAAGGAGAAUUUAUUGCUUCUUACAACCAGGAAGAUUCCAUAUCUAAAUCUUCCAAGGAAUAUUUUGAGAAUACAAAGCAGGGUGAAAUGGAAGUACUUUCAAGCUCAGGAAUUACAUUUUGGACUGAAAAACAGAGCACUAGUGACAAAAAAUCAGUUGAAUUAAAUGAUCAGAAAUGUAAUAAACUGGUGAAAAGCUGUGAAAAACAUGAUGGAAAUGGAGUAAUAGACGAUGCCAGGCAGCUGCCUUCUCCAGAGCUUUGUGAAGUUCGGGAAGAUCUGAGUGAUGAAGAAAUGCUUUUUCAUUCUUCCUGCCAAAUGGAGGGCGAGAGCCACGAGGAAGAAGAGCUUAAGCCACCAGAACAAGAAGUGGAAAUAGAUAGAAAUACCAUUCAAGAAGAAGAAAAACAAGCAAUUCCUGAGUUUUUUGAGGGGCGCCAAGCUAAAACACCAGAACGCUAUUUGAAAAUUAGGAAUUACAUUUUGGAUCAGUGGGAGAUAUGCAAACCGAAAUACUUAAAUAAGACCUCAGUACGUCCUGGCCUGAAGAACUGUGGGGAUGUUAAUUGUAUUGGACGGAUUCAUACAUACCUCGAGUUGAUAGGAGCAAUCAAUUUUGGAUGUGAACAGGCUGUGUACAACAGGCCACAACCAGUUGACAAAGCACGAGCCAGGGACCGAAAAGAUGCGGCGGAAGCAUACCAGCUUGCACAGCGUCUGCAGUCUAUGCGCACAAGGAGACGUAGGGUCCGAGACCCAUGGGGAAAUUGGUGUGAUGCAAAAGACUUAGAAGGACAAACCUUUGAGCAUCUCUCUGCCGAGGAAUUGGCGAGAAGAAAAGAGGAAAAAUGUAAAUCUGUUAAAUCCUCAAAAGUACCAAGACCAACAAAAAGCUCAUUUGAUCCCUUCCAACUGAUACCUUGUCAUUCUUUCAGUGAAGAAAAGCAGGAGCCAUUUCAGGUGAAAGUGGCUUCAGAAGCACUUUUAAUAAUGGAUUUGCAUGCUCAUGUUUCUAUGGCAGAAGUGAUUGGUCUAUUAGGAGGAAGAUACUCAGAAGUUGAUAAGAUAGUUGAAGUCUGUGCAGCAGAACCAUGUAACAGUCUGAGUACAGGACUGCAGUGUGAGAUGGAUCCUGUGUCACAAACACAGGCCUCAGAAACCUUGGCUGUGAGAGGCUAUCGUGUAAUUGGAUGGUAUCAUUCUCAUCCUGCCUUUGAUCCAAAUCCUUCUUUACGAGAUAUUGACACUCAAGCCAAAUACCAGAGUUACUUCUCCAGAGGCGGUGCCAAGUUCAUUGGAAUGAUUGUUAGUCCUUAUAAUCAGAACAAUCCUUUACCUUAUUCCCAGAUUACCUGCCUAGUUAUAAGUGAUGAAAUUAGCUCAGAUGGCUCUUACCGUUUACCUUACAAAUUUGAAGUACAGCAGAUGCUAGAAGAACCUCAGUGGGGAUUAGUGUUUGAAAAGGCAAGAUGGAUAAUAGAAAAAUACCGACUGUCCCAUAGCAGUGUCCCUAUGGAUAAAAUCUUCCGCCGGGAUUCUGACCUGACUUGUUUGCAGAAACUCUUGGAGUGUCUGAGGAAAACUCUGAGCAACGUGACUAAUUGCUUCAUUGCCGAAGAAUUCUUGACUCAAAUAGAAAAUUUAUUCCUUUCCAAUUACAAAAGCAAGCCAGAGAAUGGAGUGGCUGAAGAGAACUGUGCUGUGGGUCCAAAGGAAUUGUUAAUGUAAUUAUUUUAAAGUAAGGCAUUCUAAUCUGGACACAAUAGAUCCUACUCUCAAAGUAAUAACCUUGAAAUUAUUGUAAUUUAGCUAAUAGUGGCACACCUUUAAUAUUUUGUCUCUAGUUCACAGAAUCCAACUUGGUCACGUAAAUCAUGUGACAAAGAGAUAUGGACUUGUUUUCCUACAGUGAUUAUCAGAGUGUUGUGUGAACCAGGGUCUGCUGCGGUGCUCCAGUCCGACCAUGGCCAGUAAGCAGUGCAGUAGACUCUGAAGGGCUGUCUGCUGUACUGUUGUAUUCAGGUCGAUAAAUGGCAUGUAUCUGUCAUAUUUAUUUCUUCCCCAACUAGUCAUUCCACUUUUGGUACUUCAUGUCUGUGUCUCAUUAGGAGCACUUCCAUUGUUUCCAUGUGUUUUGGUGAGAUUUGGUUAUGGUUGCAAACGAGACAUGGAUGGAUGGUCACUGAGGUAAUUAAUAACAUGGUUGAGAACUAGUGGUCUAAUGAAUCUAGCAACAUGCUAUAGGAGGCCAGGGCAGGCAUAAGAGACCCAAAGGAGAGAAUCAGCUUGCCAGUUUUCCCAUUAUAGAUAUUUGUUUCCAUUUUAUUUUAUAGCAGUAAUACUACAGGAUACGGCAUUUUCUCAGCUAUCUGAAACAUUUUGUAUGGAUUUCAGAUACAUGAAAUAAUUAGCUUCAACUGUAUGUCCACUUCUGUUAGUGUGUGUGAUAAAACCUCAUUUAAUUGGAAGAUGAAUAAUCUUCACCCUCAAACUAGAUUUUUUUCUACUACCUGUUCUCAGAAGAGGCAAAUUAUAAUACUGCUUAAAUAUUAAAUCAGAGAUUUAAUUUUAAAAACAAAAAAGCCUUCCAGGGUAUAUUACAUAUCUAACCCAGUUUCAUAUACUUUCUAAAUGUAGAACAUAAGUUAGCAAACUUUCUUUUUUUAAUUUUUUUAAUUUUUUAAUUUUUUUUUACAUUUCUUUAUUUUUGAAAGACAGAGACAGAGCACAAGUUGGGGAGGGGCAGAGAGAGGAGACACACAAUCCAA